CCCAGGUGAAGCCUCCCACUCAGCGCUCAGAGCUCCGCUGCAGUCAUGACUCCAAGACCUCAAGUGGGGACUGAUUCCCCUCCAGCUCUCGAUGACAAAACUUCAGGUAAAGAUGCGGCCAUCCUGCCGGCGUACUCCACUGUGGACCUUGUGAAUGAGGAUCAAGAUGAUCCCUGGGAUCUCCCCGAGCUCAAAGACACUGGGGUCAAGUGGUCAGAGCUGGAUACAAAGGGGAAGAUUAUGAGAGUGCUGACGGCUCUUGUAAAGGCAGUUCUGCUGCUUGGACUCCUUUACCUGUUUAUCUGCUCGCUGGAUGUUCUCAGUUCUGCUUUCCAGCUCGUCGGAGGCAAAGCUGCUGGUGACAUCUUCCAGGACAAUGUUAUAUUGUCCAACCCUGUGGCCGGGCUGGUGAUCGGGGUGUUAGUCACAGUGCUGGUGCAGAGCUCCUCCACCUCCUCCUCUAUUGUGGUCAGCAUGGUGUCCUCAGGAUUGCUGGACGUCCAGUCUGCAGUGCCGAUCAUCAUGGGUGCCAACAUUGGAACAUCUGUCACCAACACUAUUGUGGCCAUGAUGCAGGCGGGAGACCGAAAUGAGUUCCGCAGGGCCUUUGCUGGUGCUACAGUCCACGAUUUCUUCAACUGGCUGUCUGUGCUGAUUCUUCUGCCCCUGGAGGCCGCCACAGGGGUUCUGUACAAACUCACUCACCUUGUGAUCGAAUCCUUCAACAUCCAGACCGGAGAGGACGCCCCCGACCUGCUCAACGUCAUCACAGACCCUCUGACCGACUCCAUCAUCCAGCUGGACAAAUCUGUGAUCACUGGCAUCGCCACUGGUGACGCAGCAGCCAGAAACAAGAGUCUGAUCAAAGUGUGGUGCAAAACCGAGGUCAACACGACUUUCUGGAACGAAACAGUGGUGAACUGCACUGCUGGUGCCGUCUGCUGGGAGGAAGGAAACGAGACUAUGACCCAGAUGAACUUCACUUGGAUUAAAUACGAGGAGAAAUGCAAACACAUCUUCGCCAAUGCUAAUUUGCCGGACCUGGCGGUGGGCCUCAUCCUCCUGGCUCUGUCUUUGCUCGUCCUCUGCACCUGCCUCAUCCUCAUUGUCAAGCUGCUCAACUCUAUGCUGAAGGGACAGGUGGCUGUGAUCAUCAAGAAGGUGCUCAACACAGACUUCCCCUUCCCCUUUGCUUGGGUUACUGGCUACAUCGCAAUCUUGGUGGGAGCGGGGAUGACCUUCAUUGUUCAGAGCAGCUCGGUCUUUACCUCAGCUAUAACUCCUCUUGUUGGUAUUGGUGUCAUCAGUCUGGAGAGAGCUUAUCCUCUGACUCUGGGGUCAAAUAUUGGUACGACAACCACUGCUAUCCUCGCUGCUAUGGCUAGUCCUGGAGAAACACUAGCCAACUCCCUGCAGAUUGCACUUUGUCAUUUCUUCUUCAACAUCAUGGGUAUCUUACUGUGGUAUCCAAUCCCCUUCAUGCGGGUGCCCAUCAGGUUGGCCAGAGCGCUUGGGAACCGCACGGCCAAAUACCGCUGGUUUGCCGCCCUCUACCUCUUCCUGUGCUUCCUGGUUCUGCCUCUGUCUGUAUUCGGCCUGUCAAUUGCUGGCUGGAAAGUCCUGGUCGGCGUUGGCGUGCCCAUCAUUGUGUUGGCUAUCUUCUUGGUCAUUGUCAACGUGAUGCAGUCUCGCUGCCCGCGCUUCCUGCCCAAGUUCCUCCGCAACUGGGACUUUUUGCCCCGGCCCCUGCACUCCAUGGCACCCUGGGACACUGUGGUGACCUCGCUCAUGGGCUUCUGUGGCAAACACUGCUGCUGCUGCUGCAAGUGCUGCAAGUGCUGCAAAAAAACAGACGAAGACGAAAAGAUAAGGAGGGACAGCAAGAAGAGUCUGGAGAUGUACGAUAACCCGGCCAUGACGAGAGACCAGGACAUGAGCGAUGCUGUGAAAGCGACUCAUCUUUAAUAUUAUUAAGUUAAAUCUGUAUUUAAGGGCGAUACUCAAUGCAAUAAUGUAUUUGUAACACACCUCUCAGGCUGUGGUAUGAUGAUGAUGAUUCCUCUUCAGAUGAUACAAAGCACUGUCAUAAACACUGUCUGUCAGCACUGAGCUGGAACAUGAACAGUUGUUGGACAUGUCAUUGUGAACCUGCUGUUUCUGGGCGUGUGAUGUUUAUUUUAUUAUGUUUCAAUUUAUAGUUCCGACUCACUAUCUGCUUAUAUAACGAUGGGUGGUUCUGAAUGUUAUGACUUGUUUUUGUAUUUUUUAUGAUAUGUGUGAGAGGUCGUUGGUUUUAUUUUCAACUUUGUAACAUAUAAAUUUUGAAAUGUUUUAAUGUAGCAUUUAAAAUAUUUGUUAUUCUUCAGUAUUUAAAGAAGUAGUUUGUAGAAUUUAGAGGCAUCUGUUGGCAAAAUGGACAAUGAAACUAAAUCACUGUGUUUCUGUUAGCUUAAAAUGGAGUCCACCAUGCUUCUACCAGACAGGGCCUUUCACGUUAGGUUGAAGUCAAGGCUUUAAUAGCUUUACCUACAAGCUUAGAAAGCAACUCGCAAUCUGCAGCAUCACCACUAGAUGCCUCUAAAUCCUACAAACUGCUCCUUUAAGACUUUAUAAUAUUUGUAAAUUAAAAAAAAUUCUAUUUUUAAAGUGGA